CAUGGAGUUGUCUUCACUUUUCAGAACCCAAAGAAAUAAAGGAAGAAAGCAGACAAAUUCUCAGCUCAGAGACGAUUUAGACCUCAAGAAGAAAGUGGAAGAAAAAUGGCUUUGAUGAUGCGAGUACCUUGGCGACAAUUCAAAACUUUAAGAAGUGCCAGGGAAGUUCUGGGGGCAGUGAACACAGGGCCAUCAAGCUCAUUUAAUUUCUCAGAUACAGUUCAGUCAAGUAGUAAAUUAGGACUACCAAUCAAGUCAAGAAGUGGCCGAUCUUUUCAGGGCUUUGUGAAUCUUAUCCACACAUCAUGCCAGCUCUCAGUUCCUGGGAUAACAUCAAGAAGUAAAGAUAACACUUCUACUGAUUUUUUGAGGGACAAGAAGGUGGUUCCAGAGGCUGAUCCUCCAAGUAUCAAAGAUAUCAACCUUUUGUAUCAGUUCAUUGAUCAAAGUAGCAAUCUCAUGGUUCUGACUGGAGCAGGAAUAAGCACAGAGUGUGGAAUUCCUGAUUAUAGAAGUCCAAAUGGAGCUUAUAGUUCAGGUUUCAAACCAAUUACACAUCAGGAAUUCAUCCGGUCAAUCCGAACUCGUAGGCGGUAUUGGGCCAGAAGCUAUGCAGGAUGGAAAAGGUUCAAUGCUGCACAGCCAGGUGCAGCUCAUAUGGCAUUAGCAUCUCUAGAAAAAGUUGGUCGAGUAAAUUUUAUGAUUACACAGAAUGUUGACAGGCUGCAUCAUCGUGCUGGUAGCAACCCACUUGAAUUACAUGGCACUGUUUAUUCUGUAGUUUGUUUGGAAUGUGGGUUCUCCUUGUGCCGCCACUUAUUUCAGGACCAAUUGAAGGCCCUUAAUCCAAAGUGGGCUUUGGCAAUUGAAAGUUUGGACUGUGGGAACCCAGGAUCAGACCAGAGCUUUGGCAUGAAGCAAAGGCCAGAUGGUGAUAUUGAGAUUGAUGAGAAAUUUUGGGAGGAGGAUUUUUGUAUUCCCACCUGCCAAAAAUGCAAUGGAGUACUGAAACCUGAUGUGGUAUUUUUUGGGGAUAAUGUCCCCAAGGAUAGAGCUGAUAAUGCAAUGGAAGCUGCAAAAGAAUGUGAUGCUCUACUCGUGUUAGGAUCAUCAUUGAUGACCAUGUCUGCUUUUCGACUUGUAAGAGCUGCUUAUGAGGCAGGUGCCAACAUUGCAAUUGUAAAUAUAGGUGUAACAAGAGCUGAUGGUUUUGUGCCUUUGAAAAUAAAUGCUCGGUGUGGAGAGAUACUGCCGAGACUGCUUGAUGUUGGAUGCCUCUCUGUACCUACUCUUCAAUGAAAGGCAUUGUAAAGUACAAUUAAUGAAAGAAUAUUUUUCUCUUUAAAAUUAGCUGUAGAUUCUGGAGAUUCAUUGACCAACUGCUGUCCUGAAGGCAUCACUUUGUAACAGUUGUAUUCAGUACUGUGGAAACUCUUAAUGUCUGAAAAUUAGAUGCUGCCGAGAAACCACAGCACUAUGCAGCCAGAUACCCAAUACUUGUUCAUGUGAUUGUCAAAUAGAGUUCUGGAGAAAAACUAUAAAUUAAUUCAAACAUGUAACAGAAAUAUUUACAUGGAUAAUAAUCAAGCAGACUCCUCAGUUCCUUGAAAGAAAUGACUUCCUGUCAGGAAAGCAAGAUUUUGUUGAGUUUCUAGGUCCUGUUAAAAAAUUGUUGUCCCCAAACUCAUGUUAUACAUUAAUUGGUCUUUCCAUGUUGUACUUAGGGGAUUCAUAAGUAGUUCAUGUUUGGGGCUUUUGUAUUUGAAUGCAUACCUAAUUUAUUGUA